CCCCUCCCCCUCAUCCCUCCCUCUCUGCGCGCCGGCGGUGGCGGUACGCUCGCUCCGUCGCUCCGUCCGCGCCCGCGCAGCCCCGCUCAGCGCCCGCAGUGGGGAAGAAAGGACGAAGGGACAGUUCCACACAACGCUGCCUCUGCAAAGAUCAUGAAACGGUUUAUCUGGGGAGCAAAUGCCAGCAUGACUAGGGUCUGAGGAAGGGCUUCUGUGUUCCUACCAAGUGUUUGUUGGUGCAGAGGAGGGGUGCAAGAACAGCAGGGACAUUUUGAGCUAGCAUGGAUAUCCCCACUGAUUUGGUGCCAUCCUCCAUGAUGUCCCAGCCUGAGGUGAUUGAGUCAACAGCCAUGAGUGAACCACAGUGCUACUACAAUGAAACAAUUGCCUUCUUUUAUAAUCGAAGUGGAAAAUAUCUAGCCACUGAAUGGAACACUGUCAGCAAGCUUGUAAUGGGACUGGGGAUUACCGUCUGCAUCUUCAUAAUGCUGGCCAACCUCUUGGUUAUGGUGGCUAUUUAUGUCAACCGCCGAUUCCACUUCCCUAUUUAUUACUUAAUGGCCAACUUAGCCGCUGCAGACUUUUUUGCAGGACUGGCCUACUUUUACUUAAUGUUCAACACAGGACCCAACACUAGAAGAUUGACUGUAAGCACCUGGCUUCUCCGUCAGGGUCUCAUUGACACUAGCCUGACGGCCUCUGUAGCCAAUUUGUUGGCCAUUGCUAUUGAGCGGCACAUUACAGUUUUCCGAAUGCAGCUACAUACUCGGAUGAGCAAUCGGCGAGUGGUGGUCGUAAUUGUUGUUAUCUGGACAAUGGCCAUUGUCAUGGGUGCCAUACCAAGUGUUGGAUGGAACUGUAUUUGUGAUAUCACUCACUGCUCCAACAUGGCACCGCUCUACAGUGACUCUUACCUGGUCUUCUGGGCCAUUUUCAACCUGGUCACUUUUGUGGUCAUGGUGGUCCUAUAUGCUCAUAUCUUUGGUUACGUCCGCCAAAGGACUAUGAGAAUGUCCAGACACAGUUCUGGACCCCGCAGGAAUCGGGACACCAUGAUGAGCCUCCUGAAAACUGUCGUCAUUGUGCUUGGUGCUUUCAUUAUCUGCUGGACCCCAGGGUUAGUCUUGCUGCUCCUUGAUGUUUGCUGUCCGCAGUGCAAUGUCCUGGCCUAUGAAAAAUUCUUCCUGCUCCUGGCAGAGUUCAACUCCGCCAUGAACCCCAUCAUCUACUCCUACCGGGACAAGGAGAUGAGCGCAACCUUCAAGCAGAUCCUCUGCUGCCAGCGCAGUGAGAAUGCCAAUGCCCCCACGGAAGGCUCAGACCGCUCAGCGUCCUCGCUCAACCACACCAUCUUGGCAGGCGUCCACAGCAACGACCACUCAGUGGUGUAAAACCACAGGCAGCCACAUGGCCGAUGAAGAGCAGCGGGGGAUGAUGUGGAGCGGGGUGAAUGCACGGCCCAGGGCAAGGUAACCCACUCACAAGGUUUUCUCAAACACUAAUGGACUACAAGUACUUCUCUUCCCAGGAGCGCAACGCACCGGCACAGUCUGCCCUAUCUUCAGGACUGGCCGUGCUGCAAGGCUUUUGAUUUCCACUUUCAAAAUACAGAAGGCAGAUGCCUUGUGGCGGAGGUCAUCGAUAGCCCAUGGAAAGCCUCGCUGAGACUUUGUCGGACUUUGCUGCAUCUUGGUGCCAGUCUGAAUCAACCCUGCUUAAUUAAGCUUGUACCUGCUUCACUGCAUUUACGUGUAGCCACUUAGUCUUUUUAAAAAGGGAGUAAAGGGGAUUAAAGUAUGCCUAUCGUUUAAUAGACAUGUAAUAUUUAUCACCAUCAGCAUGCUUGUGAUGAAAAUUUUCUGUGCAGGGAGUAAAACUGUGCGCUAGUCUUUGCAUCGUUAGCCACACUGCCACAGCUACAGUGAAAACAGAAGUAAUUUUUCUAGUACAGGCAACAGGAAGAUGAUGGAAACUGACUCUUCUUAUCUUUAUUACUGGUGUUAGAAAGCAUGCAUGUUCUGUGUGUAUGCAGAUUGUGUUAAUUACAAAAAAAAAAAAAAAGAAAAUUCAUUGUAAAGUCUGCAAGUAGAAAAGUAUAGACUGUAUUGCAGUUGUUUGUUUAGAUUAUGCAAUAAACAGUACUCUAGUCACAAGGUAUUUAAUGUUCUUCUUUGAAGUGUGGUAUGGAACAUGUAACAUGUAAGGGGUCCCAAGUUUUUCAUGGUCAAGUUCUUAAAGUAGGACACAUCCCGAAGGCUCUUAAAGGGCUGCAGUCAGGUUGGAAGAGUUUUUAAAAAAGUUUUUAUGGCCUUGGAACGCUUUUCUUGUUCAUGGCGGAAAGCAAAGGGGUUUUUUGAUGUAUACAAUUAUAUUUUGUAUUUUGUAAAGUGGAGACAACAUAGGUAGUCAUCUCUUGCAAAUGACUGGACCGUGCUACAUGUAAUAGCUGCAUAUGGAUAUUGUUAAGAAUAGGUGAGCUAACAGAUGCAUUUUUUCAUAUAUGCAUGUUUUGAAGAGAAAUGCCACUUAUGUGAAUCUUGGUUAUCAAGAAUCAGUGACAUUAAUCACACAGGGGUAAAUAUGGGGAAGGAUGGGAUCUUGAUAAUGAAAAACUUGGCACCUUUCUCUACGAAACUGUGUUCUCCUAACAAUAUAAAAUAUAUCAACAGUAAAUUCCUGGGGCCAUUUUCAUCAUUGUAAUUUGCCUCUAUAACAAAAAAAAAACCAAAACACAAACAAAAAAAAGAAAACAAAAAAAAAGAAAAAAACACAAAAAAAGAAAGAAACCACAAAAAACACAAAAAAAGAAAAAAAAACUAAAAGCACACAAAAAAGAAAAAAAACAAAAACCACCAAAAAAACCCCCACAAAACCCACAAAAAACCUAAGCUAAAACUAAAAAAUAAAAAACAAAAAAACAAAAAACCACAAAACCCAAAACAAGCAAACAAAAAAACCUCACACAAAAAAACCUACAAAACCAAAAAAAAAGCACAAAAAGUUAUCAGAGGUAUAUCCGUCAAUGUACUGUACUGGAAUGUGACACAAGGGACAAUAUUCUGCCGUUUGAGCAGGGAAAAAACGGAGGGGAGAGUAUAAGCCCAGAAAAAAGCAGAAUUUUUAGCAUCUCUUGCUUGGAAGAUAUACUUGGAUUUCAUGCUUCCAAGCAUAAAAUUGCCUGGAAAAGGCAGUUCCUUGCUGAGGAAGAGAAAAGCAGCGAGUGAGCAAAACCUAUCUCUGCUGAAUAACGUGAGAGUUUUGCCACUGUUAGUAAAACUGAAAUUCACCUGUACUGUCAAGCCAAAUUUGUGUGGACACUGUGGAAAAUCGAGUGGACAGAGAGGAUAAAUGCAACAUUAUCUGUCAGUUGACCAAGAUAUUGAAUGUUGAAUAUUGAAUACACUUGCUUUGUACAAAACAGCACUUUUUUCUGACUGCGUUUUAGAGCAAGUGAAUGUAAACGUUGAUUUGGUUUUUAUCCACAUGACCAUACUGAGAAAUAGAAGAACAGGCUGUAUGAACUUUUUCGUCUAAAAGCAUCUCUUUGCUAAGCCACUCAUAAAUUAUUCUUAGUGCCUCUGUGAUGUUUCAUCUAGUGCCAGUAAGCAGAAGAGAGGGUGAGAGUGCCUCCAAAGAGAGGGGACAUCCUACUGAAAAACAAUUUCCUUUUCUCAAGAACGCUUGGGGUGCUUUCUUCCCUGGAUCCAGGGAGAGCACUUUUUCCUGUCCCCAUCUUCUCCACAAAAGAAGGAUAUUGUAGACACUUGAUUUUUUAGGGGGUUUGCCCUUUCCAAGUGUCCAUUUUACUGCUGUUUGCAUGCUCUUUAUUGAAUCUUUCCUGGAUGGCAUGGGAGGAUGAUGUUAAGAAAUAGCAGCAAAUCAUUCACCCUAGUUCACCAUGUUGAAAGUGUGGUGGUUUUGGAGAAGCAAUGGGGGAAUAAUCUUAAUGCAUGGGUGUGAUUGUUCAUGACAGGGGAUUGGGUCCAGAGGCCCCUUGUGCAGACGAUGCCCAGGGAGGGCAGGCUUUUCUUAUUGUAAUUAUGACAGGAGGCAGUUGCUGCCUAGGUACAUCGAUCAGUCCUACUUCAAGGAGGCACUCAACAGUUCAAGAAGCUGGACAUUUUGAAUGUUAACAAAAUGUUAACAUUCAGUUAACAGCAGUUAAAUUUCAGUCAUCGAGUGGAUUAACCCAGGAGCACUUCUGGCAGCAGGUGGCUUUUCUUUUGAAAGAUGAAGCGCAAUUCCUUAGGUCAAAGGCAACAGGAUGCAAACGUUGCUUAUACAAUUCCACUAGAGGAACUCACUGAGCAUGUGGUUGCUGUUUAAAAAUCUAAUUAAUGCUGUGUUUUGUUGUCAUGAUCUCCCUAUAUCCUUGAGAAAUCUGAUCUGUGGAUUGUGUUACUUUGCAAGCUAAUGAAAUUAAAGCUGCUGUGAGCAAAGAGAAUAAAAACCAGAGCUUGGAAUGGAA